AUGCAGACGCUUACUACAUUAAAUCUCAAAGAGAAUAAAAUCAAACAUGUUGGUGCACAGCAUCUAGCACAUGCAUUACGAACUAAUAAGACACUUACCAAGUUGGAUCUCUCUGCCAAUGAAAUCGGACCUGUUGGAGUACAACAUAUAGCAGAUGCAUUACGAAAUAAUAUGACACUUACCAAAUUAAAUCUCUCUGCCAAUCACAUCGGAGCUGUUGGAGCACAACAUCUAGCAGAUGCAUUACAAAAUAAUACAACACUUACUGAAAUGAAUCUCUCCAGCAGUCAAAUCAAAGAUGUUGGAGUACAACAUCUGGCAGAUGCAUUACGAACUAAUACGGUGCUUAGGACAUUAGGUCUUAAUGAGAAUCAUAUCAGAGAUUCUGGAGCACAACAUCUUGCAGAUGCAUUACGAAAUAAUAAAACACUUACCACAUUAGAUCUCAACUACAAUCAAAUCGGACCUGUUGGUGCACAGCAGCUCGCGGAUGCAUUACGAACUAAUACGACACUUACGACAUUAAAUCUCCACCACACUUGGAUCGGAAAUAUUGGAGCACAACAUCUGGCAGAUGCAUUACGAAAUAAUAGGGAUCGACAAGGAAAUCGAGAAUGA